UGUGAAUCACCAAUCAGCGGUUUCCCAUUUUGCCCAGAGGCCAUCUCAUUGGCACUCUUCCUGAUGUCCCAUUGAGAGUAUAAGCUGUGGCUUCUGACAGCCUGGUCACCCUACAGCUGGGUACUACAGUCCCCCUGAGGCUUCCCAGAGCGGAGCGAGUGGAGGAGAGGAAAGAAGUGAAAGAGGCGGGAGCUGUCUGGACAGAGGGGAAGGAGACGAGAGGAGGAAGUGGGAGUAGAUAUUUCACUAUGGAAGAAGGACAACGACCUACAUCUGAGAUCUACCUCCCAAGCAUCAGCCUUGGAUCUGUUGAUGCCGAAACAGUGGAGGACCAUGAGCUGCCAACCAUUUCUUUAUCCAAAAGCUCGAUAGAAAUGGUGAGUGGACCUCCUCAACGAACGGAGCUGGCAUGGUAUCGUCAGAAUUUGCGCAAGAGUGUCAGCAGUGCACCAUGCACUCAGAGGCCUAUCAGUCUGGGUGGACCAGCGUCUAGGAUCCCUGUGAAUGUUUGUGACUAUGAACAGGGGAGCAUGCGCAGUGGUAACAGCACUCCUGAGACUGUAAUCUGGCAUGGAGGAACUACAAGAUCCUGGAGCGUCAUGGAGGACUCGCCCAGAAGGACUCCAACGCAGGAUCUACUCCUGGGGCAAAAUCAAGUCCAUAGUGGUGUGAAGUGUGUUCCACACUCGCCAUCCACAAAUAGAGAUUUAAGGAUGAAGGGACUUGUUUGCAGGGAGGGAUGUUGUCGAUGUUGUGGACCUGUGGAGAACCUGACAGGAUGCAGCUGUUGCAGAGUGGCUUGCAGAAUGAGUUCUUCAGGUCUGAGCAACAGCUUCACACCACAUGGAGUGAAUACAGAAGACCAUGCUCAGAGUAACUGUGAAAGCCAUCAUUUAACUGCAUGCCAUAGAUCUACCUGUUCUGGUCACAUGAUGAACACUGCCUGUUUGAGAAAUGUUUGCAGUGUUGUUCCAUGCCCUGGACAUCUGAUAUCACGGCCACCUUGUGCAGGAAGCCCCUGUGCAGGACAAAGAUCACUGCUUCAUUCAGGCUUGCUCGGUUUUCCACCACUUGUGUCAUCUGUCAGCGAGACCAGACUUGACAGCCGGAGUACAGGCCAUUGCUGUGGAUCCGAGUUAAGGGGGCAGAACUCCUCCUGCCUUAGACUAGACCGGACAGGUCUUAACAGGAUAGUCAAAGAUGCUACUACCAUGACAUCUGACCAUGAGCUCAGAGAUGUUGGUGUGCAGACCUUGUCUGAUUCCCUUGUUUCCUCUCUUUCUCACGUGUUUCCUGAAAUUAAUUUGAGAGCAGAUCCUACCUCGGACACACCUUUGACAAUGGAGCACAUGUGUCAUAGGACCCCUGUGAAGGAGGUGGAAUGGGAUGCUGAGGGUAUGACCUGGGAGGUUUAUGGUGCAGCUGUAGACCCUGAAGAGCUUGGCCUGGCAAUCCAAAGGCAUCUGGAACUUCAAAUCAAAGAGACUGCAGCUGCUGCAGCUGCAGCUGCUCAAACGGAAGACUCCACAGACAAUGCCAGCAGCUUGGAACUGCAGCCCAGUCGACGGAAGAAGAGUGAAGGCAUUAUAAAAACACUGCGCAGUUCUGCAUGUUGCUCUAACCCCAAUACUGUGGGAGACUAAAGCGAUCGCCUUAUCGGUAUGUGGGUGCCUCGAUUAGGUGUAAGGUAAACAAAUGGUACAACUUUUGCUGCAAGCUGGAAAUGGAUGGAAAAUGGCUCAUGGUAUAUUCUUCUAGCUGAAGCUAAUUGUCCUUCAAAUAAUAUAUCUAAAUAUUCCAAAGCCUUGUCUGCUUAGUUGAAGCUAUCAAAGCCCCACUACUGGAUCAGUAGAGUGGUGAUGUUCACAGAAACAUUGGAAGAUAAUGUUGCAUAGAGCUACUAUUUAAAGUUUACAGACAAUGGUGUGUUUCCACCUAUCUUCACACAUGGCCUUGUCCCUGUCUUGACCUUCAAUGUAUCAUUUAGAUGUCCUUUUUUUGGCCAAAAAUACCAGAAUGAUGAUUUUGGUGAGCACUGAGUAUUAGCAUUUUUGAAAAUUCUUAUUAUAGGCUAAAUGUGUCUGUUGUACUUGUUGGAUUUUAACAAGCAAAUAACAGGUUGAUGAACAUUAGCUAAGGGUACAUUAAAGUUCACAGAGCUCUCGGACACCUUGAAGGGCUCUCUGGAGCAAGAUCUGAAGGCUAGUGCUAGUUAGUCAAUGAUCUAGAUGGAUUUGGAUCUCUUUGUUUUCUGAUCUCACAAAUUCACAUGCCACCAGUACUAUAUGGCAGAAAUUUCAACGUUCUUUUUCUUUUUUCGUCUUACAAUUUUUUGUUUUUUGUCUUGAUGCAAUUGAUGAUUGGUAAUCAAUUGGCCUGGUAGGUUAGAGUGGGCUCAAGGCCAGAAUCAAUCCACAGUGCUAAAAAUAUGAAAGGUAGGGUAGGCAAUUUCGGAGAGGCUAGCAAUAGCAAGCUAGCUUUGAAAGCAUAAGAUCCCACCCUCCCUUCAAAGCGCUUUACAAAGCCACGCCUCCUCCGAAACACAUUAACAUGUACAGCCAGAGCAGAGCCACCAAAGCGUCACAAGAGACAACAUUAAAUUACAUCAUGUCUCAAAGCACAUAACAUUACAAUAAUAAUGAACAUAACCAACAUAAAGAUCUCUUGUACCACCUGACUGCUGCAGAUUCAUUUCGGCGUUGAUAGUCUUGCCAUAGAAACGCAUAAAUCUGAGGACGCCACAGGUUGCUAUCUCCUAAUUACGGUAGUUAUGGCGUGAACGCAGCAUAAGUUCAUUGUUUUGGUUGUGGAGGAAUUGUACAACGUAGCUGCUGUUUGUUUGUGGUGCUCAGUGACUGUCUGUCUACAUCUCUGCAUAGCCUCAUGAAACGUGCUGAUGACGUGUGAUGGAGGUAUGGAAAUACAUUGACAGGCAGGUAGAACAUCCAAUGAUUGCAUUCAGACCAAAUGCAAUGAUUGAACAAACAUUUUCCUGAGACAUCCAGAUAUAUGUUUUUUUGGUAAUAUUUAGACCACUUCUAUUGUUGAUUGCUAUCAGGAUGUGAAGAAAUUUUCAGUCAGUAUAGCAAAAAGUGUUUAUGAAAAACAUUGCUUACCCUACCUUAUAUUCGUGAGGUUUGUGGGUGUGUAAAGCUAGGUUCUUAUCAGACCUACUGAUGAUUAGUAAAUAUAGACUCAAGGUCAAUGUUCCCACACUUUUAUAGUACGCUAUGAGCUGAAACUAAGCCCCAGUCCUAGUUCUAUGCUCAGGGACGAUCUCAAUAAAUUAAAACAUGUACUCUUGGAAUUUGGUGCCAAAAUCUGACCUGAAAAACUUCUUUCCACUAUUUUCAUGUCACAAUUUAAUAAUAAAGAAUAUUUUGUGGUUGUGUCCUAUUUAGAAUCCGUGCAAGGACUAAGAUAAUAAUGGCCAUUUUCACAUCAUUUUACAUGUUCAUAAAUCAUACUUUUUUGUUAUAUAAUAUCAUAACAUGGUUUGUUUAUUAUAAUGUUAAAAUAUUCAAGUUUAAUUGGUUAAUUUUGCAUUUAAGCGUAAGAGUUUGACUUUUUUUUAAUGUAUAUCAUGAUCACGUGCUAUAUCACAAUAAUAACAUACAGAAUCAGUCAUGAUUUUGUGAAAGUUAGGGAUUGUAAUUAGAGCAAUCUCUGUCAAUAAUGUUUAGAUUGUGUUCAUUUAAAUAGCAUGGCACUUAUUGUAAGUAAAUAUGUAUUCAGAAUCUCUGACCAAAUUAACAGUAUGUGCUGCACAAACUGCUUUUGUUUUUCUUUGCCAAAGCAAUCUGAUUUUUUUUUUUUUUUUUUUUUGUGGACCAGAGCAUUGUGAUUUAACAUAAUAUAGAUAUUACUGGAUCAACACCUUACAGUAUGAUGAAAACAAGCUUUAUAUAGGCUUUCUACAGCAAAAACUACACUACUGUGUUUUAAUAUUGAGAAUAGUGAAUGUCUUGAAAAGUAUGAGCAACAAUAAAACGUUUGGCAAACAAUAUUCUGUGUCUUUUAUUUUGAUUAAUUUGCCCUAUAAGGGGAUUUCUCAUUGGCUUGCUGGAAAUAGCAUUUCUCUUUGUUUGUGAAGAACAUGGCAAAGAGAGAGACAUGGGAACAUGUCAGAAGGUCCUUCUAAACUUGGUGAACUGCGUUCCAGUAGAUUGCCCUGGACAUUUCCAUGGCUCUUUCAUUGUAACUUUGACCAAUUGGAUGAGCAGGCACAUUCCCUGGUAUUGACUAUCCUGUCCCUGAGCAGGUGCUCUCUUAUGUUUUUGUUUUCCUUGCUGUACCACAUUUCACAGAUUGGAUUAAAUACAACAGGUGAGCAGGGACACAUCAUAAACAAGCAUAAUAACUCCAUUUAGCCUUAAUAUAGUUUCAUGCAUAUAGUAAUUAACAUCUCAGCAUUUCCUGUCUUAAAAUAUGCUCCACCAGAACAAACAACUUUGAAAUUCAGUAGGUUUCACAGGCCCUAUUGUAUCUCUCCAUUCUGGUUCUUAUGCCCUCUGCUGGUAACAUGAGAAACAUGUUCACACUACUAUCAAAUCAUGCAAACUACUGUAUAAAUCUUCCGUCCUUAACUAUCUUAAACUCCUGGAAGUUUAGCUAAAGCUACAAGACUAAUUGUAAAAUUUAUUAUGAACAUGAAGUGGUGUAGUGGUUUAAGGUCCAGCUGAAAAGUUAUGUCUAUCCGCAAGGUUCAGGCUAUAAACAAUUACCAUUGUGCCCUUAAGCAAGGCUUUUAACACCAGGUUUCUCCAAGGGAUUGUUUCUGUAAUGAGCUGACUGUAAGUCACUUUGGAUAAAUGAGUGCCUGCUAAUAACAGGUUCUGCUAAUCUUUAAUGAAAUGAAUAUAUAAGUGACGCAUGGACCAGUCAUGAUCUUGUUAAUUAUUUGUCAGGGUUUUAUCAAGGUAAAACUUGCAAGGUUUUGGAAGGCAGCAGAAGGUCAUGUGAAGGCCAGCACCUCUGCUCAUCCAAACAGCUAUUAGCAUGGCGUGACUGCAAGGAGGCUACUGGCAAUCUAUUCUGGGCGAGUUGUUUUGCACAGCGGCAAGGGAUGGGCUGUAACUGAAAGUGCUGAUGGGACUCCCAUGAUCCCCUGGGGCCAGCUUGUUCUGAAAACCCCUGGCUACCCCACCAGAACAAUCCAGGAUUGGGAGGGGUAUUGUCAAAGUGCUUUGUCCCAAUGACAGGGGUGGAGAGUGGACAAAGGAUGGCCUCUACAGUAGGCAUGGUAUAAAUGGGUAAUCACCAGAGCGCAACACACAGUUUACUGUAGAUCAUGGCAGUAAGGAGCCCAUUUUUUCCACUGUUGCUAAUGCUUCUGGGUCUGGCGCUGGACAGAGCCUCCACCCAUGCAUUCAACCCCAGUCGCCUUCAACAGCACAAAGUCCUCCACCUUGACUGGCCGAAGGACUGUGGCCUGGCUCAUUUCAAACCAAACACAGUGGAGCGUAUCGUGUCGGGCAAUGAAGCGAGACCCCACUCCUGGCCGUGGCAGGUCUCACUGCAGGUUCGUCCCAGAGGCAGUAAACAUUAUGUUCAUGUGUGUGGAGGGACUCUGAUCCAUAAGAACUGGAUUCUUACUGCUGCCCACUGCUUCCAGAAGGGAAAAGCAGAGGAUGCUAGUAGCUGGCGUAUUGUUUUGGGUAAGCAUCAACUGAAAAGAUCAGAGACCGCUGAGCGUAUUUUCCCAGUGAAGAGGAUCUACAGGCAUGAGCACUUCCGUUAUCCAGCCCACAGUGAGCUAGACUAUGACAUCGCUUUGGUUAAAGCUGGCACGGACAUCCUGACCAGUAACUUCAUCCGCUAUGCCUGCCUGCCGCGCAAGCAGAUCAACCUUAAACCAGGGCACUACUGCUGGGUGACCGGCUGGGGGGACACACGAGGCGGGAAAGAAAACGUGUCACUUGCUGAGGCACUGAAUCAAGCUCGUCUCCCAAUCAUUGACUACAAGACCUGCCGGCAGAAGAAGUUCUGGGGUGACCGUGUGCGAGACUCCAUGAUUUGCGCUGGGUUCCGAGAUACAGAGGGCACCCCAGCCGCAUGCCAGGGUGACUCUGGCGGCCCUCUGCUGUGCCAGGUGGGGCGUGACCGCUGGGAGGUCCACGGGAUUGUGAGCUUUGGUCCUAUUGGAUGCACCGUGGAGAACAAGCCCAGCGUCUUCACUCGCACCGCAGCCUACAUCCCAUGGAUAGAGGCUACACGCAUCAGGGACUUCUUCUUGCACUGAAUUCCCACCUCUAAGAAUUCCCUGCCCACAUUUGUAGGCACAGGAAGAGUCGUGAUAGCAACUGAUUAAGUGCCAUGUCCCAGUCUGGGUCUGGCCCAUGGACCUGCUUAUCCAUUUGUGGUCCGUGCACUGAGAGCUGUUGUGCAUCAUCACAAACACCAGCCACCAAGUUAGGGUAGUUUGCACUGGUUUGUGGGUCAUUUCACCGCUAUGCAUGUGAGAUUCUCCUGGGCUUCGCUGUAGUACAUGAACUGCAAGGUUUUGACUGCUUUCAGCUAAAUCACAUUGUGUUCAUCAAGCCAAGCAACAUUUUCUGUAAAACAAGUCCUGGCUAUUCUACAUUACUCUCAUCAGUUCAGUUGGCCUUGUUUUUUUCUGUAAGGAAUGGCAUGUACAUUUGCCCUCUCUUGGACAAGCGGGUAUUCAAUCCGUAAGGUGCUCUGACGGUCAAAGUCAAGUAGUGAUAGAACAUUUCACCUGUUGGAGGAGACAGUCUCCCUUUGACACAGUCUACUCCAGUGCUUUUCACUGAACAGGCUAGGUAAUUUCCACACAGGAUGGAUAUUUACUUUACACUUUAAGCCGCUACAAGGAAUUUAUCCAGAUAAUUUACAUAAAUUUCCUCAUAAUCAUUAUUUUAGAGGGAGCUUUAAUUAUUAUAUCAUUGAAUCUAUGCAUAUAUCACUCAUUAUAAACAGGGAGAGUGAGUUAGUGGUACAAUACUGCUAGGAUAGGAUGAUUUCUCAACCAGAAUAGUUAUUCUGGUUGAGAAAUAAUACUGAAAGAAAUUUUUUAAAUGCUUUCACUCGUAAAAAUAUGAUGUGUGAAUACUGUAACAUAUAAGGUCAUAAUGAGGGACAUUCAUUCUGGAAUAUUAUAAUUUCUCUGUAUUCUACACAUUGACUCUAUAAAAGGUUGACCUUCUAACAAAUAAACCAUUUGUAAAACAAGACCCCUAUCAAAUCAUUUUUUUGAAGUCAAUACAGUUAAAACAUUUUAAUACAUUACAAAGAACAUAUGCCUUGGGAAUCAGAAAAUGGUUAAAUUAUUUUAUU